UCCCCGGGGGGGAGGGGCCGGCUCGAGCCUCCCCAAGGGGAAGAAGAGGAUGGAGCCGGUGAAGAUCGCGGCCCCCGAGCUGCACAAGGGGGAUUCAGAUUCAGAGGAAGAUGAACCAGCAAAGAAGAAAAAUUCUCUUCAGGGACUCAGCGAGGGCUCUGGCUUGUCUGCUUUGCUCCCUCAACCCAAAAACUUGACAGUGAAAGAGACAAACCGGUUACUUUUGCCCUAUGCUUUCUCGAGGAAAGUGGCAGAAAAUGCCCCUGAGUCGAAGCCAGCUAAGGCUCCGACUUCCUCCUCCAAGCCAAAACCUCUGUCCAAGCCGGCAGUGGCCACAUCUCCUUCACCGUCUGCCAUCAAAGCGGCUGCCAAGAGUGCUGCCCUGCAGGUAACCAAGCAGAUCACCCAGGAGGAGGACGAGAGUGAUGAAGAUGUGGAGCCGGAGAACUUCUUUUCUUUGUCUGACAAGAGUGAGCCCAGUGUGGUCAGUGUGGAGUCAUAUGUGUAUUCCGGCACCAUGGUGACAGAGGAUCUGCCCCCUGGGACAGAGCCGGAGCCUGAAUUCCAGGAUGCUGCGGCUAAUGCUCCUCUGGAGUUCAAGACGGCUGCAGGUUCAAGCACCACUCCGCACAGCUGGGCACCUAAGCCUGGAGAAGACUAUGGCAACCAGCCAUAUAACCAGUUCCCUGGCUACAACGAUGCCAAUGCUACAGGAGCAUAUUAUCAGGAUUACUACGCAAGUGGCUAUUACCCAGAGAUGGAUCCAGCCCUAGGACCACCACAGGAAAUGGGCACCGACUCAUCCUUCAUGGACGAUGAAGCGUUCAAGCGUCUCCAAGGCAAACGGAACCGUGGGCGGGAGGAGAUAAACUUUGUGGAGAUCAAAGGGGAUGAUCAGCUGAGUGGAGCCCAGCAGUGGAUGACCAAAUCCUUAACAGAGGAGAAGACCAUGAAAUCUUUCAGCAAGAAAAAAGGAGAGCAGCCAACCGGACAGCAGAGAAGAAAACACCAGAUCACGUACCUGAUCCACCAGGCGAAGGAGCGAGAACUGGAACUGAAAAACACAUGGUCCGAAAACAAACUCAGCCGGCGUCAGACCCAAGCCAAAUAUGGAUUUUAGCGCCUCUCCUGUUCUCUGGGCAUUAGCCCAGAUGACCUACCACAUCAGACUCCUCCUGGCCUACCAGGAAUUGAGGAGGCCCUUGGCUCUAACUGUGUGGAUGGGAGUAUACAGCACUCCCCUGUCUGUGAAGAGAAGGGUUAAAUGCUAACCAUUUCUGAAACCCACACUGUAAUUUUUUUUAAUGAUGAUAUAGAAGGUUCAAAUCAAGUCUGGUUCGUUCAGCUGGGGACCCUGGCACCGGAAAGCCACAGGCUUGUCCAAAGAGGACGUGACUGGUGCAAAGUUUUGAGCUCUCAUCCUGUAGGUGUACAGACUACCAAUUUUUUUUCUUUAUAGUAGUCACCAAAACCUUAGGUAGAGUCUCAAUAAAUUUCCAAGUCCACCAUUGC